GUAAGUUUGUGAGAAAUGGCUAAUAAGCUUAAACUCAUCAAAACUAGUUGUGAAAUGCAGUUUCUCAGGGCUGCUAUCUGUAUACUAUUCUUAGCAAUGUUAGACUCAUCAUAUUCAUUGAAGGACAGCAGUAACCCUAAUUAUUAUUAUAGAUUUGAAGAUCGUGUUCGGAGUGAGAUGGCGGGAGAAGAAUGGGGGAUGGUUGAGACGAAUGGAAACGGGCAGUUUGUAUUGAACGGGCAGCCCUUCUAUGUCAAUGGGUUCAACACAUAUUGGUUGAUGGUGUUUGCUGCAGACGAGUCGACCAGAGGGAAAGUGAGUGAUGUGUUUAAGCAGGCGUCUUCUGUUGGCAUGACCGUCUGCCGCACUUGGGCUUUCAAUGAUGGCCAGUGGAGAGCUCUUCAGAUAUCUCCCGGGGUCUAUGACGAACUCGUCUUCAAGGGUUUGGAUUUUGUGGUGAGUGAGGCAAAGAACUAUGGUGUGAGGCUUAUACUGUCUUUUGUUAACAAUUGGGAGCCCUAUGGAGGCAAAAAGCAAUAUGUUAAAUGGGGUAAAGAUGCAGGCCUCAAUCUAACUUCUGAUGAUGACUUCUUUUCAAAUCCCACUAUCAAAGCAUACUACAAAUCUCAUGUUAAGGCUGUGCUGAACAGAGUAAAUACCAUCACAAACAUUGUAUACAAAGACGAUCCUACCAUUUUUGCAUGGGAGCUGAUAAAUGAGCCCCGUUGUGAAUCGGACCCGUCGGGAGAUACGUUGCAGAAUUGGAUACAAGAAAUGGCAGUCUAUGUGAAGAGCAUGGACCCAAAACAUCUUGUAGAGAUUGGUUCGGAGGGUUUCUAUGGCCCGUCAACACCUAGCAGGACUCAAUUCAACCCAAACACCUAUGCUCAACAAGUUGGAACUGAUUUCAUUAGAAACCAUCAAGCUCUCGGGGUUGACUUUGCCUCUGCCCACAUUUAUCCCGAUUCUUGGAUUUCACAAGACAUCACUGAAGCACAUGUGGAGUUCACGAAAUCAUGGAUGCAAUCGCACAUUGAAGAUGCUGAGAACUACCUGCGGAUGCCGAUCAUUUUCGCCGAGUUUGGUGUUAAUACAAAAGACCCCGGAUACAAUUCAACAUACAGGGAUGCCAUUUUCAAUACUGUCUACCAUAAGGUCUUGAGCUCUACAAAGAACGGUGGCAGCGGUGGUGGAGCCCUUCUGUGGCAGCUCUUCCCCGAUGGGACAGACUACAUGGAUGAUGGGUACGCGAUAGUUCUUUCAAAGGCGGUUUCUGCAUCACGCAUCAUUGCUCUUCAUUCUAACAGGCUUAAAAUGUUCAACUCUCUCUGCUCCACUAAAUGUCGAUGGAGUUGUAAGAAGAAGAGCGCUUCAGAUAUGGACUCUUUACUUGAGCAUGAUACUUUACUUGAUCAUGAUGAGCUUUAAUUUAAAAUAGCAUAUAAUAAAUCACAUCCCA